AUGUGGAAAGAAAAAUCUUCAUUCCUGGACAUUUCCAUUUCCAAUUGCGAUAAAACACACACCGCCCCUCAAAUCCCCAAUAUCCUAUUCCAAAAUAACACUCCUGCCUUGACUACCUGCUGGCGUGUGCUAGCCAGCUGA